AUGCUGUACCUUUUCCUGAAAUUAUAGGAUUAAGAACUUAUCUUUUUCUAAUCACACCCUCUUUGCACAAGCUUAAUGAAAAAUCCUUUUCUUAAUGCCUCUUGCUCUCUGUCGAAUUUGACUGCAAUUAGUAAAUUGAAACACAAAUAUACAGAGGAGGAGUGUGUAAGCCUGGCUUCCUUGGGAAACUAGUGAAAACCAAAACAAAAACGCCCGUGUUCAUUUCCCAAAAGGUGCAGCUCAAAAGGCAGUUUGCUUGUGUGGGUUGGUUUUGCUUCAAGCUUCUAUGCCAAGUACAUGUUGUACUAAGCUUGAAUAGUCAUGAUAAUUCACAUGGUUAAACCUGAGGUCCAAAACCUAUUGCAUUGAGUAUAUGUGUGUAUAUACAUGUAUUGAGUGAAACCGUGUACAUUGUUCUGGUCUCACAGUGCAGAAAUACAUGAAGGAACAUUGUUUUCAGACUUCUGAGGCAAAACCAAGCCAGCUUCAAGGCGGAAAGAAGCAUGAAAAGCUCCAGCUUCAUUAAGUGAAUGUUUCAGAGUGAGAAAGACUGGAAGUUACGCUUAAACUACAUUGCAACGUUUGAUAAAAAUGGCCAUGUUUAAGUAGCAACUGGCUUGACUAGCUCGUAAUGAACAUCAUCCUUGGCAAAUGCAAUGGCAGAGGGCAAGAUUGAAGAUGUCCAGAGUGUUCUACGACUUAAUGUGCGAGGAUGUUUAUACACAGCCAGGCGGGAGUCUUUGUGCCGCUUUAAGGACUCAAUGCUGGCUUCUAUGUUUAGUGGACGCUUUCCUCUAAAAGUGGAUGAAUCAGGAGCAUGUCUAAUUGAUCGAGAUGGAAGCCUGUUUAAGUAUCUUUUGGAUUAUCUUCAUGGAGAAGUUCGGAUUCCUGGAGAUGAACAAAUUCGAAUUGCACUGCAGGAAGAAGCAGAUUAUUUUGGAAUCCCUUAUCCAUACAGCCUGUCUGACCAUUUGGCCAAUGAAAUGGAGACAUAUUCUUCAAGGUCAAAUAUAGAGCUUAAAAAGGCUUUGUUAGAUUUCUGUGAUUCUUACGAUUUAGUUUGUACCAAGCCUACAGUGUGGGUCCUGCACUAUCUCAGCACAUCUGGAGCAAGCUGUGAAAGUACAAUUAUUGGUGUUUAUGCCACAAGAGCUGAUGGGACCGAUGCAAUUAAUAAGGCACUAGGAACGAAAAUUCAUAGUAAAAGCAUGUACAAAAGAGAAGCUGGAAAUAAUGUCCAGUACAUCUGGAGCUAUUACUCAGUUGCUGAACUGAAAAAGAUGAUGGAUGCUUUCGAUGCCUGGGAAGGGAGAGGUGUCAGCUACUGGAGAGUGCCCCAGGAGCUGAUUGAAUGUUGGACUCUUGAAGAACGGCCUCUGAAAGGCAGUUUGCAUCAUAUGCCACCAGUUUAUAAAAGACGACUAAUCGACUACACUGAAGAGGAAGACUGUUUGCCAUCUAAAGUGGGGCCCAAGCCAAUCAGGUUCUCAGGUCCCUCAACAAGUACCCACAUCAAAGUCAAGAAUUCAGCUUCACUAAAGGUAGCUGCUUGCAGUACUUCACGUUCUGCAGCAACUCUUAAACGACCCAACAGUGAAAGGCUGACACUGCACAGAGAAGCUUCUGAAACCACAUCCACAACAUGCUCACUGGUGCCCAGCAAUUCCCAGGCGCCCUGUGGAAGGCAGGGGGCUGGCAAUGGGACACCAAGCCAAAUGACAUUCAAGGUUGCAGGGACUAAGAAGCCUGUAAACAACCGUGUAGUGAAGCUGAAACGAACUCCACUUUUUCUUGUGACACCAUCUCAGCCGCCUUCUUCUGCAUCCAGUAAAACAAGUGAACAGGACAGUGCUGCUGGUGAAACUCCUACUACUUCUGUGGUACUGAACAAGAAAGAACCAGCUGUAUUAGCAGAAAGUAUUACACUUAAGAAUGAUAAAGUGGAUGGAUAAUGUUUGACUCAGUCUGAUAGACCAGACAGCUUUGCAUCAUCUGGUCAAAAGAUCAUCAUCUCGUGUGGUCAUUUAUCAAAGGUUAGGUGUAAAAUGGUGAUGAAAUUCAUGAAAAGCAUAGGAAGAAAUUGUUUUAAGUGAGCAUUGAAGUGUGUUUUCUGCUUUAUUUCUAAAUAUUUUUUACGUGUUGGGAAGGGAAGAAGAAAAAUGGAUUAAAAAAUACCAAAACAAACAUGGAGCACGUGCAGUUUAAUGUUCCAGUAUCUCACAUUCUGUUGGGCUAUACUUUAAAGGGAAUACUUGCACAGCA